AUGAUGACCCAUAUCAAAGUUUCAACAAACAGACAAACACUUCAUUAUCACUAUCCUCCAGUCAGCAACUUGUCAGCAUGCAAUGUAUUGUACUCUGCUCACUCCAAAUCCAAACCAAACCAAACCCAAAAAACAAAACACCUCUCAGUUUCACUUCCAAACGUCUCUUCUCAUUUUCAAACUCCCUGUUUUUUUCACCCUCACAAACAUCAUUAACACAAUCAAACAUACACACAACCUUAAAAUAAAACAAAAAUCCCUUUUUGUCUCACUUCAUCGUUUCAAAGAUGCUGAGUACCCGAAUUUGCCAGAGAAGAGCUUUGAUCUAUACCCGGAGAUUGUUCCAUCUUUCUGCUUCUGAGAGUUUCUCUUCUGGGUUCUCCUCCUCCUCUUACCAUUCCUCUGUUUCACGGUCUUUUGACUCUUUUCUGUUACCUAAAGCUAAUUCUCACAUAGAUUUCAAUUUUAAGCAUGUUAAAGGAUAUUGUUUUUCUGCUCAAUCUGUGUUGGAUAUUCCUGUUGGGAACAUAGUUGAAGUUCCUUUGGCACAGACUGGUGAAGGUAUUGCUGAAUGCGAACUUCUCAAAUGGUAUGUCCAAGAGGGUGAUUAUGUUGAAGACUUCCAACCACUAUGUGAAGUUCAAAGUGAUAAAGCUACUAUAGAAAUUACGAGUCGGUAUAAAGGAAAAGUUUCUAGUAUUCUUCAUGGUCCUGGUGACAUUGUAAAGGUUGGAGCAACCCUUGUAAAGAUAUUAAUUGAUGAGUCUGCUUGUCCUUCAAUGGAUUUUGGUGUUUCAGAAAAUGCUAAGUCACCUGAUUCUGACCAGAUAUUUGUUAAUGAGUCAGCAUCUACAGCAAGUUUUGACGAUUCAGUAAACAUAAAGCAGCUAGAUUCUGAUAUUGGAAAGGGUAAACAAGCCGGAGUUCUAUCAACACCUGCUGUAAGGAGUCUAGCAAAGGAGCAUGGUAUAGAUAUAAAUGAAGUAUGUGGAACUGGAAAAGAUGGAAGGGUUUUAAAAGAAGAUGUGCUCAAUUUUGCCAUCAACAAAGGAAUCACUAAAACUCCAUCUGCUGCUUCUGGAGAACAGGUUCAUCGAGCAGAAGAAUACAGUUAUGAUGCAAAAAAUAAAUAUGAUAGGCCUUCUGAAGACACGAUACUUCCUCUUAGGGGAUUCCAAAGAGCGAUGGUAAAAUCAAUGUCUCUGGCUGCCAAAGUCCCGCAUUUUCAUUAUGUAGACGAGAUAAACUGUGAUGCCCUAGUGGAGCUCAAAACAUCUUUUCAAAAGAAUAAUCCUUAUCCAGAUGUCAAGCACACUUUCCUUCCAAUAUUAAUCAAAUCUCUAUCAAUGGCCCUCAUCAAGUACCCCUCUGUGAACAGUUGCUUCAAAGAGGAUGCAUUUGAAGUCGUCCUCAAAGGUUCGCACAACAUUGGAAUUGCCAUGGCGACACCACAUGGUCUAGUUGUGCCGAAUAUAAAAAAUGUUCAGAAUCUUUCCAUAUUAGAGAUAACCAAAGAGCUAGCAAGGUUGCAACAAUUGGCUUCAGAUAACAAGUUAAGUUCUGAGGAUAUAUGUGCCGGGACAAUCACUUUGAGUAACAUUGGAGCAAUUGGUGGAAAGUUUGGUUCCCCGCUUCUUAAUCUGCCUGAAGUCUCUAUUAUUGCCCUCGGUCGAAUUCAGAAAGUUCCACAGUUUACUGAUGAUGGAAAUGUGUAUCCUGCAUCACUCAUGACUGUUAAUAUCGGUGCGGAUCACAGAGUCUUGGAUGGAGCAACCGUUGCAAGAUUUUGUAACGAAUGGAAAAAAUUAAUUGAAAAUCCGGAGUUACUCAUGUUGCAUUUGAGAUGAAAUUUGAUGAUGAGGCAAUUGCUGUAAUUGUAAUUUUCAUGGUUAAUCUUUAUAUUGACCAUAAUAAUUAAAAUGCCAUUUAUAUCCUUUUUUUUUUCUUUCUUUGGUCAACGUAAACUUAAUAGCCCACUUGUACUGCAUGCCCAACUGUAAUAUGAUUAGUAUAUGAUUAAUGAAGGCAUUAUUUCAUAGGAACCAUCCCCUUCCUUCAAUUAUUGGGAGGAA